AUGGAUACUGCUUCGCACGAACACUCAGAAAGACUCCAGCUGAGAACAGCUUUGUCUCAAAUCCUCAUGGCCCUUUCCUAUAGAGAUCGGGUUUUACCCGAGUCAUUCUCAUGCUUAGCCACCAUCAUUCUUCUGAUAUGGAGUGUCCUAGCUUCAGCAGAAAUUGGCGGGAACGAGACCGAUCGGUUCGCUUUGUUGGAAGUCAGGGCUCAAAUAGCUGAUCCCAACGGUGUUUUGAGCUCAUGGAAUGAUAGUAGCCACUUCUGCGAGUGGUACGGUGUCACAUGCGAUCGAAUACACCAAAGAGUUGCCGUACUAGACCUGCAAUCGAAGCACCUCUCCGGGGUCGUGGCACCCCAGAUCGGUAACCUGAGCUUUCUGAGGGAAGUCUAUAUGCAGAACAACAGUUUUCGCUCCGACAUCCCUCCGCAUUUUGGACGCUUGUCUCGGUUGCAGAAGUUGUUCCUUAAUAACAACUCGUUCAGCGGACAAAUCCCUUUGAAUCUCUCCUAUUGCUCUAAUUUGCUCGCUCUCAACUUAGGCUACAACAUGCUCAAAGGAAAUUUGCCAACGGAACUCGGCUCCUUGUCCAAACUCCAAGAACUGGUAUUUCAAGUCAACAGCGUGAUGGGAAACAUUCCGCCGUCAUUUGGAAACUUAUCCUCCCUUCAAGUCUUCGGGGCAUCUUUUAAUAACCUUGGUGGUUUGAUUCCAGAGACUCUUGGCCGGCUGAGAAAUCUAAAGAUCUUCGCUCUCGGCGCGAAUAAAUUUGUUGGUAAGAUUCCUAUCUCAAUCUUCAACAUAUCCACUAUGACAAUCCUUGAUGCGGCUGGAAACCAAUUAGAGGGGGCCUUGCCCAGUGACUUAGGCUUCACUCUUUCGAAUCUCGAGAGAAUCAUUUUGAGUGACAACCACCUCACUGGAUCCAUUCCUGAGUCAAUAUCCAAUGCCUCAAAACUCAGCGCAAUCCAAAUGAUGUUGAACAACUUUACCGGGAAAGUUCCUUCUUUCUCAAAGAUGAGAGGACUCUAUCGCUUGCGUAUUGGCGAAAACAACUUAGGAAGCGGGCAAUCUGGUGAUUUAGACUUCCUAUGCUCUUUAACCAAUUCGACAAACUUGAACGUAUUGGGCAUGGCGUUUAAUGCUUUUGGAGGACCAAUACCCGAUUGUAUUUGUAACCUCUCUAUCACCUUUUCACAGUUUGAUUUAGGUGGCAAUCAUAUUUCUGGAACCUUACCUUCUGGAAUUGGAAAUCUCAUCAAUUUGGAGAUCCUAAUAACAUGGGGCAAUAGCAUCUCGGGAAGCAUUCCUUUCGAGAUUGGAAAUCUGAGCAAAUUAAAGAUUAUGGAUCUCAGCCAAAAUAAAUUCUUGGGGCAGAUACCAGAAUCUAUCGGGAAUUUAAGGAUGUUAACCAAAAUGUCCUUAUUUGGCAAUAAUCUGCAGGGCUCUAUACCAUCGUCUCUAGGAAACUGCCAAAAUCUACUUCUCUUAGACCUUUCAACCAACAACCUCAGCGGCCACAUACCCCUAGAAAUUAUGAGCCUCUCAUCUUUGUCAAUUUAUCUUAACUUGUCUCGAAAUAGUCUUAUCGGCUCCCUUCCAGUAGAAGUUGGAAACUUAAAGAAUCUCGGCAAAUUACAUCUUGACGGGAACAAAUUAUCUCAACAGAUUCCAAGCAGUAUUGGCAGUUGUGUAAGCAUGGAAAGCUUAUUUGUGCAAGAUAACUUCUUUGAAGGGCCUCUACCAUUGACUAUGAGUUCCAUGAGAGGCCUUCAGGUUUUGAAUAUUUCCAACAACCGGUUGUCCGGUCAAAUCCCAGUGUAUCUAGAGUCGCUGAAUCUAACAAAUUUGAGCCUAUCGUACAACGAUUUUGAGGGUGCAUUGCCUACUAGGGGAGUUUUUGGAAGUAUCAUCUCAACUUCAAUUGUUGGAAACAAGAAGCUUUGUGGGGGUCUGCCAGAUUUCCUACUACCGAAAUGCGAAUACAAAGAGUCAAAACGGAUAAGAAUAAGCAGAACUGCAAAAGCUCUAAUAUCAACAAUCUUUGCUCUUGGAGGAGUGGCCUACAUGCUCUCUUUAUUAUAUUUCUUCCGGUAUAAACACAAUAAGAAAGCAUCAAUUUCAAGCUCGUCUGAUGAAGGGCUUUUGCAUGUUUCUUAUCAAAAUCUACUGAAAGCAACAUGUGGAUUCUCCUCCACCAAUCUGCUCGGUGUGGGUAGUUUUGGAUCCGUGUACAAAGGACUGCUUGAUCAGACUCAGUCGAUUGUGGCCAUCAAGAUUCUCGACCUUACGCGUCACGGAGCUUCCAAGAGCUUCAUAGCCGAGUGCGGGGCCUUGAGAAGAAUCCGACAUCGUAAUCUCGUGAAGGUACUCACUGCAUAUUCUGGGUUUGAUUUUAAUGGAAAUGAUUUCAAGGCACUGGUCUAUGAAUUCAUGUCGAAUGGGAGCUUGGAUGAAUGGUUGCACCCAAUUGUUUCGCAACAUACAACGAGACGCAAGUUGAGUCUACUUGAGAGAGUGAAUAUUGCCAUUGAUGUUGCUUGUGCACUAGAUUAUCUCCAUCAUCACUGUGAAACGUCUACAGUCCAUUGUGAUCUAAAGCCGAGCAAUGUCCUUCUUAACGAUGAAAUGACCGGACAUGUAGGCGAUUUCGGGCUUGUCAGGUUCCUCCCAGAAGCAACGCAUAAGUUAUUGGCUAAUCGAUCAAGCUCUGUUGGAGUAAAAGGAUCUUUUGGCUACGUGGCUCCAGAGUACGGCUGGGGAAGGGCGGUAUCCACAGAAGGAGACGUGUAUAGCUUCGGAGUUCUCGUAUUGGAGAUGUUCACAGGUAAGAGGCCAACCGAUGACAUGUUUGAAAGCGGGCUGAACCUUCAUCGCUUUGCAAAGACAGCUCUGACAGAUCAAGUGGACAAGGUAAUUGAUCCCGUUCUACUUCAGGAAAAUGAGGGGUCGAAGAAGACACCGGUUGUCGCUCUAGAUGGCAAGAACAAAAGCUGGUUUAGUACUCUGGGGUGUUUGGUUUCAAUCAUCGAAAUAGGAGUUGCUUGCUCUUCUGAGUCGCCAAGGGAACGAAUGGACAUCAGGGAUGCAUUGACUAGUCUCCAAGGAAUCAGGAAGAAACUUCUUGAGUUCAUUGCCAUUGCCUAG